CAUGGCAGCCGACAGCAAAAAAGAUGCACUGGGAUCUAAUUUACAACCUCUGCAUGACAGGCUUAUGCAAGUUGUGGAUAAGCAUGGCCAGCCAAUCCAAGUUCCAGCUUUGAGUAAAGGUUUCGUGGAACCAGUCUACUGGCUCAAGUACAGACCUCCGCGAAUGAUCUUUAGCUUCGAUGAGCUGAUGUCCAUAUGUGCUGGUGAGACGCAAGGCCUGGCCGAAAAAUACAGUGCAGCGAUCGACGAGUGGUUGGAUCGCAUGGCAUACAUUGAGGAAGACCUGACGAAGAUGCUUCGGAUACCGCACAAUCGGUUCUGGUCUCAUGCCAGGUACGACGACGGUUUCCACCAGCUGCUUGAGUCAUACCUGCGGCUUGCACCAAAGUACACAGGACUUCACCGGUACACUAUCACUAAGGAAAUGCAGGAUACUGACGAACGGCUGCACAAGUUGGUGUUCCGAACAUUCCUCCGCCUUUCCACGAAUAAGGAGUCCAAGGUUAACUUCAUCGACAGGGAGAAAUUUGCGGACCUCAUCUACGAAAACUUCAUCUUCGACAUUCCCAAGAUCUUCGACAUAUGCAUGCUGUUUGAGAGGUCGAACCACGACUUGGUGUGUCGCAUGGUGGAGCACAUCAUGAGCUGCCAGCCUAAGUAUGCCUCGGACCUGAAGGAAAUUGAGGAUACCAUGCUUAUGACUUUUGAGAGGGCAGAGCAGUCCAUCAAGUCCCAGGACGACAACGAUUUUGACGCCAUGCCACGACGCCUGGACGAGGGAAAGGCGGAGUUUUCAGAGCUGUGCCUUAUGCCUUUGUGGAAGUUCCUUGAGCGUGUCACAUACGCAGUGGACAUCGCUGCCAACCUGGCAACAUUCCUCAACGUCUACCCGACAGCCGCCAAGAUCUUCACCCUCGAAGAUGUGGGUCCGAGGUUAGCAAGGUUUUUCGACGCCACCUUUCCUGUACUGAAGGAGGAGCUUGUGCGCCGCAACAAGUCGGAGCCUUUCGAACCGGUCUUCUCAAUGAUCAAGAAACGGUUGUCAUAUGCCAAAAUAUGUGUCCUGAAAGUCUUUCGCUCCCUGCUGCAGCAGUCCUGUUUGCAGCCACUCAUUGAAAUUGGGCAGGAGAAGCAAACUGGGAAAGAGAUUCCAUACAUUGAGUCUUUCUUUGAAGUCAUCUGCAACUGCUUGACAGAGAAACAUUUUAUAUUUUCCUACCAGCAGCGAUACCCAGUUGAAGAAGACAUUGGAAUGCUUGAGGAGUACAACUUCUUUGUAGAUAACACGCGCAGCCUCUACGUUCUUCAGAGCAUCAGCACUGUCUACACUGAACUGGGCAGCGCUCCUCCGAGUAACCUCUUGAACGCUCAGGAUGCGGUAGCUAACCCAAGGAAAACAACCAAAGUUCCUGCAUUCCAAACAAUAAGCGGGGAUGCGGCAGCAGCACCAGCAGCACCAGCAGCAACGACAGUAGCCGAUUCGAGCAGAGCUAGUCUGGCAGAAGAAGAGCUGGGAGCUUGUGGGGGUGAAGCGUUAACAGUACCGUCAUCGGAAUUCCAGAACCUGACGGAACUCUUCCCAGAUCUUCCACACGCAUUCUUAAAGGAUUGCCUGAAGUACUACAGCAACAACCAUGAUGAAGUGGUGAUGGCACUGCUGGACAAUAACCUGCCUCCUAGUCUCACGAUACCCACUCCUUCCACGUCUGCAUCUGCGCCACUGGAGAUUGAGGCUCGAAGCAUUUACGACAAUGACGAGUUUGACAUCUUUAGGAGAAAUGAUGUCGACAUGUCCAAGAUUCAUAUAGGAAAAAAGAGCAAAACCCCAAAGUCACUGGACGACAAAGGCCACGACAAAGUAUUGAAAGAGGUGUACGAGAAGUACAGCAUAGUGCAAGAAUUCGUGGACGACGUGGGCGUGUACGAGGACGAAUACGACGACACCUACGACAGCAACAACGUGGGUUUCGCAGAGCCAGAACCCGAAGACGAGCUGUCCACCCGCAGGGCUUUCACUACUCCCAGAGUUCUGGAGCAAAAGUCAGGCAGGAGGCAAAAAGAAAAUCGAUACGAAGACAAGGAUGCAGAUAGCGAUAAAGAGGAGGCUCCACCACGGGACCAGUUCGUUGAAAACCCAGCCGAAAUACGGGCCCAGAGGGAGAGGCGGUAUCAAGAGAAGAUGGAGCGCUCGGGACAUGCACCCCGCAGAAGGGACCUGAAAGGUGCCCCAAAGGGACAGGGCCAAUCCAAAGACACACUCCAAGACAGGCAAUUCAAGGAGAGACACAAAUCCUCCUUCACGCACAACCAGAGGGCCCAAGCCGACUACAAGCGCAGUCGCGGCAUGUACUCCUAGCAUCCACCAGCGUCCAGCACGCAGACUUCAAGGGCGCUGACAACUGCGUCCGAGCGUGUAGCCGAAUACCUGCAGUGCCACGUUGCAACAACUUGCACCUUAAUGAGGUUUCGUGCGUACAUGCGGUUGCCGGAUGCAGCAUCUACGGCAUGCGUACACGACCUAAUAAUGUUUUUGGUUAUGAUAGAGGCGUUGCUAGUCCGUUACGCUUUGUUAGUAAGAGCAGUCAGUGUGAGUGGCUCCUCUAAAUAAGCACCACCGGCUGGCACGCUUGUUAUGUAAUUCUGUGCGAAACAUUGACUUCGCAGCAGACUUUAUUGAAACAGCCCUACCCGGAUCUGCUAUAAGGGUAAAUAUGGAAUAUGCAUAUGCAACAGUGAUGGAAGAAUGCAAGAAAAGUGCAGCAUUCAGUUUCUUUGUAAGUGGAGUGUUUUUUUCUUGUUAAUAUUUAUGAGAAAGAACUAUAGUGCCUCAUUUUUCUGAUGGCACUCAAGAGAUAGUCCACUUUUCAUCUCUUGUGCAUGGAAAAAAAACACUGCAAUGCUCAUGAACUUUGAUUUAGAAAAGCUACUUUUGAAGCUUCAUUUCUGCGUGAAAUGUAGUUUCAAGCAAGCCACUGGUCGAGAUGAAAGAAGGCUAUAGUUGGCUUCCAUACAGUCACCACAUUCUGUGACCAACACCUGACCACAUGUUCAGGUGUUGGUGCCAACAUUCGUGUGAUCUUCGUGAUCUUUGCAGGUGUGCAAACAUUGCUACAGUUGACUACACUGUUCACUCUUUUGUUUUUCUGUACAAAUGCUUCGUAUUUGUGCAGCGAGAGAAAGGCUUUAUAAUUGAUGCACACAGGUGUUUACAGGGCGUGAGUCCCUUGAAACUGUACAUAAGAUCAGACCUGUUCUUAUCUCCUCAUUUUCUUUUUUCGCGGUCCGUUAGCUAGUGAGUCCCUCUGCAUAAUGUGCCUUAUGGAGCAAAUAUGUAUCACUCUUGUACAAUUUUUUUUCACUCCAUGUCCUUUGAUGCCCUUGGUCCUUUCUGUAUAUAUUUUUGUUAAAACUAUUGCUAUUUGUUUUCGCAUCUGUACAAAGGCAGAGUUCAGCUUUAAGCAGAGUUGCCCUUUCUUUUUUUGUUCGAUAGCCGCAGUCUUCCUUUCGGCGUCAGGUUGAAACAGACACUGCAGAAGUCUAGUUUUAACCGCUGUCAAAGCCGAUGCACACGUACGUGAAGCCUUGCUCGUAUGCAAAAUAAAUUUUUGGGCUCUUUGUGUGUUAGGAGUAGCGCCUUUGUAUUUUCGUAUGUUUUUUUGCGAACAAUCGUCUUGCACUUUUUUAUAAAUCUUUUUGUGCCACUGCACUAAAUGAAGCUGGUAAAUAGAUCACUUGGCAGCGUUUUGCUUGUGUCUGUUAGCUCAGUUAUUGAACUUUAAUUUAAUUCUCUGAAAAACUUUGAAGAAAGAAUUUUCUUGAAGAGAGAAUUUCUUUACCAUGAGGGGUCCUCAGUAUUGAAUCACAUAAUUUUUAUUUCGGCUUGCUAAUAUCUCGUAGAGGGCUAGGAGUUACUACAUGAAAGUGUCUGUGUUGUUACGUACAAUCCAAAUGAUGUACGAAUAACUGUUUAUUGGGGCGAACUUGUGCCCAAAAAG